AUGACCUCAGUAAUAGUGUUUGGAGCUUCGGUAAGCUUUUCUUUAUAUGCUCAACGGUUUUGACGUGCAAAAUUUCUCGCUAAACGUAUAUUUCGAGGUAUAUUUACUUGCAUAUUUUCUGACUUUUAGGGCGAUUUGGCUAAGAAGAAAAUAUACCCAAGUUUAUGGUUAGUAGAAUUAAAUUUUAUGACUCAUUAAGGAAACUAUAUUUUGCCUAAAUUGAAGAGUUUGCUUUGAUGCUGUUUUACUAAAGUGUUUUUGUAAAUUUAGGGAACUUUUCAAAGACAAAUUGCUUCCAGAGGGCACACAAUUCAUUGGGUAUGCACGCUCAGAUUUGACAGUUGCUGCUUUGCGAGCGAGAGUAGAGCCGUAUUUCAAGGUAUAUGUUGUAGAAAUUUAUAAAUGUCUAGUAGAUCUGUAGUAUUAUAGGGAAAAAUAGGUUUUGCGAUGUAUUUUGUUGUGUUGGGGAGGAUUUUGCUAUGUUUUGAUACAUGCAUGCGAGUUAUGUAACUUGAUUUGCAACAAAUUAAUUAGUUUACCGCGAACUAUCCUCAGUUUAUAUCUGAUGAAUUUACUAAUUGAAUACCUAAUCUAUCGAGAUGUAUAUGUUAUAGAUCUAUUGUUUGUAACUUUUUGAGUGUAUAGAAUUUGUUGAUUAUUGAUUAUGAGUAGUUAAUUGUUGAUUAUGAGUGGCAGAUAAUUGUUUAAUUGUUAUUAUUUGGCUGAGAUUGUGAUGAUUAUUUCACUAAGUGAUUCAUUGUUAUUUCUGUUGAUUGAUUUGAUUAAUAAUUUUUGGAUUGAUUUAUGGCAUGAAUUAUUGAUAUUAUUAUUGAUUGAUUGGUGAAUUGAUUUAUUGAUUGUAUAAUUAAUUGAUUGAUUGUGUAAUUAAUUGAUUGAUUGUUAGAUAAUCAAUUGAUUGAGUUAUUGAUUGAUCCAUUAAAUAAAUUAUUCAUUGAUUGAUCGCCCAGUGUAUUGAUUAAUUGAUUGAAAGAUUGAUUAUUUGAUUGAGUAAAUUGAUGAUUGACUGAAUGUUUGAUUCAGUGACUGAUUGAUUGAUUAAUUAAUUAAUCAUUAAGUUAUUGAUUUAUGAUUCACUUAAUUUAUUGAUUAGUUUAGUGUUUGAGUUUCUUAUUGACUCUCACUGAUUGAGGGAUAAUUAAUUGAUUAUCCCAUUGAGCACCCUUAAUUAACAAGUAAAGUCAUCUGUUGUUAGACAGAGUAAAAUAAUAAAGCAGAGCACAUUGGGGUGCAAUGCAACUUAAUGGAUUAAUGUAUUCAUUUCAGGUUAAAGAUGAACAUAAGAAAGAUUUAGAGCAAUUUUUCCAGCAAUGUUUCUAUGUGAAGGGAUCUUAUGACAAGAAGAAGGACUUUGAACAUCUUGGCAAAGAGUUAGACAAAUUGAAUAAAAGCAAAACGGUUAACCGAGUAUUUUAUCUCGCAUUGCCGCCCUCGGUUUUCAAAGAUGCGACAACUAAUAUCAAGAGUUGCUGUAUGUCUAAAACGUAAGAUGUGCUUAAUUUUUUUUACAAUGAAAAAGUCACUUAUGUAAAUUAAUACUGUGUGUAUUUUCAUGAAGUGUUUUCAUAAACCUGACUAUACAUGUAUCAUUUUUAAGAGGAUGGAAUCGCAUUGUUGUUGAGAAGCCAUUUGGAAAGGAUUUUGACAGUUCAGCAGAUCUGUCCAAUCACAUUGCCAAUGUGUUUGUCGAGGAACAGAUUUAUAGAAUAGAUCAUUAUCUGGGCAAGGAAAUGGUGCAGAAUCUCAUGGUGCUCAGGUGCGUGAUUUUGAUGUGAUAUCACAUGACUUUACAUAACAUACACGACCUAAUUCAUACUGGAAGUCUGGGAUAGAUCAUGCGAUUGGCAUUACUGGCUAUUAUCAACAACUAUUUUCUAAUAAAAGUGGGUUCUAACCAUGCCCAAUUCUGGCAUGGCAAACUAUAACCUGUUUAAAAUUGUAUUUUUAGGUUUGGCAACAUGAUUUUCAGCCCAAUUUGGAAUCGCAAUCACAUUGCGAAUGUCACUAUUCAAUUCAAAGAAAAUAUUGGCACAGGUGGUCGCGGUGGUUACUAUGAUGAAUUUGGAGUAAUCAGGUAGGUUGAGAAGUGCACACCAUCACAUGUAGUUUUCAUUUAAUACUUGUUCAUGCAUUUGCCUUCAACCUAGUUAUUUUGAAAUUCUAGAGAUAUUCUUCAAAACCACAUGAUCCAGACAUUAUGCCUUAUUGCAAUGGAGAAACCAUGUUCGAAACAUGCUGAAGAUCUCCGCAACGAAAAGGUAAUGGUGUAGACAUUGUUUUGUAUUUCUGGAUUUACAAAUGUACAAGAAGGGAAAGAAGUGAGGGGGGGCGACCACCCCCUACCCCCAGAAUUUACACUCUUGGAGGUUGUAAAAUUCACUUCAUGCCAAACUUUCUAUCAGGAGGCCACAAAUACCAGGGCCACUGAGAGGUUGUGUGCCCCCCCCCCCACCCCUCUUGGUGGCACUGACAAAUACUAUAGACUUAAUAAGCUUUUCAUUCUUUAUACUUCCCUAAGGUGAAAGUGUUGCGUUCCAUGCCACCAAUCACAAUGGACAAUGUCGUGUUGGGACAGUAUGUGGCUAACCCAGACGGUGAGGGUGAAGCAAAGGUGGGGUACCAAGAUGACCCUACAGUUCCCAAAGGGUCCGUUACUCCGACGUUCACAGCGUGUGUUGCUUACAUCAAGAAUGAACGAUGGGAUGGCGUCCCUUUCAUUCUCAAGUGUGGAAAAGGUCAGUAGAAGAUGAUACUGCAGUGUUUAAUAUUUAAAAGGAAAGAGACAAGGUGUUAAUCGUCUUUCCUUGCAGCUGAGAUCUGAAUUGUGAAAGACGAAGAUUAAACUGGUUUACAGAGCACCUCUUGUUGCCAUCUACCCUGCCAGCAAAGUUUAAUACGAGAGGACUUUGCUCGCAGGGUAGUUGCCAUCAUUAUACGAUUCUACUGUGAUUUGGUUUUUCUUUUUCUGAUAGAUGUAUGUGUAAAGGUCUGUAAAUGAGUAGUGAAUAUUCAGACGUGGGUACUUAUAUUAAAAUAAAUCUAUACAGUCAGAACAUUCAUAACUCAUGUACUUGUUCACAUGCUUAAAUCAGAAUGUAAUAUGACUUAAGCCCCGUUUACACUACGCUCAAUUUUUGGUACGGCACGGAUAAAAUUGGUACCCGUACCACUUUUUUGGUUCUUGGACUACCUAUAUCCAACAACCAAAAGAGUGGUACGGGUACCAAUUUUAUCCGUGCCGUACCAAAAAUUGAGCGUAGUGUAAACGGGGCUGUAAAGUCAUUGCAGGGUAGUCACUCAUUAAGUAACAACCAAUCCUCCCUAAUUGGAAGUACACUGUAGUCCUGGUCAAACGGAGAUGAGAGUCGAUGAGAGUUGAGAAGCGAGAGUUUGCGUGAGAGUUUUCUCAACUCUCAUGUCCCGGUCCAACGAGAACAAGAGUUACAUAAGAGUUUAUGAGAGUUGAGAAACGAGAGUUUGCAUGAGAGUUUCUUAACUCUCGUGUCCCGGUCCAACGAGAACAAGAGUUGCAUGAGAGUUGAUGAGAGUUGAGAAGCGAGAGUUUGCAUGAGAGUUUUCUAAUUUUCUUAACUCUCAUGUCCCGGUCCAAUUAACGAGAACAAGAGUUGAUGAGAGUUGAGUGGAUAUUACCGCGCGCAUAGUGAAAACUCUCAUCAACUCUCAUCAAAAUUUGAAGCAACACAAAAUUGAUUAAGAGUUGACGAAAGUGCAUGAGAGUCGAUGAGAAUUGGCGGCCAAACACAAAUAGAAUUACAAUUAUUGUCAACUGCAACUCUCAUCCUUGUUUGACCAAGGCAGGGUAUUCAAAUUUUUAUGCAUGUUCUGUUCGUUUCCCACAGCUCUAAACGAAAAGAAGGCCGAGAUAAGAAUCCAGUUUAAAGACGUCCCUGGUGAUAUAUUUGGAGGAAAGUGUAGCAGGAAUGAAUUAGUCAUACGUCUUCAACCUAAAGAGGUUCGAUUAUAAUUUGAGAUUAAUUGGUAUUUUAAUUAGAUAAUUGAGAUUAAUUGAGGUUAGUUAAUUGAUCGGUUUCUUCUUUGAUUGCUUCCUCAGGCAAUUUAUAUCAAGAUGAUGGUGAAGGAGGCUGGAAUGUCGUUUGAACCCAUCAUUAGCGAGAUGGACCUCAGUUAUGAUUCAAGAUAUAAGGUACGACAAUCAUUAGGUACACAAUACUAGAGGGUCCUGAAGGGGUAAAAUGGGAACUGGGAUUUGCUUAUUUUUUGGGUGGGAAAAUGGGAUUUCAUGCACUGGGACUGGGAUUCAUCAGCAAAAAAACAAUAGAAAAUGGGAAUGGGAUUAAGAUUUGAGCAGGACAGCCACUGAGAUGAUGGGAUUUGUGCUCUGGGACAAUGGGAUUUAGUCAAAAGGACCCUCAUACUAUACUGACUGUAGUUGUAUUGUGCAGGGCCGUAGGAAGCUCUUUUCGAUUGGGGGGCUGAAAGCGAGGGGCGAAGGCUCGAGGAAAUUUUUAAAUUUAGAGUCUCUAAAAUGCCAUUUCCUGGACUUUGGGGGAAGAUUUAACAGAAUUCUGAUAGUCAGAAAACAGCGUUUUAGUAUGUCGAAAUUUACAGGAAAGUAUGGGCCAGACUGUAGUAUUAUAAAUGCGCGGCGGGAAUUUUCGUCGUAAAUGGCAGUUGCGUGGAAAUGAAGGCAGAACAUUUGAGAAAAUUUCGAAAAUCUGGAGUCUCUAGAUGGUCUGAAAUGGCAUUUUCAGAGUUUUCUUUCGCAAGACCCAACACGCAAAAGACAAAAUAAAUCAUUAGUUCAUCAAAAAUGUGCAGAUUUUGUGGGAUUUUCUUGAAAAUGCGCGACAGAAAUUCAGCUAAAAUUUCUACGCGAGGAACGAUCUGGAGUAUGAGUAAUAUCUUCAUUUUUUGCAGUUUGUCACAGAUUAAAUGAUAAAGUUUGCAUGAUUUUGAAAAAAGAAUGAUUAUUAGCAAAUUAUUGGGGGGGCUGCAGCCCCCCCCAGCCCCCCCGGUUGCUACGGCCUUGUUGUGCCCUUGUGUAAAGCGUGAUGUCAUUAUGUAACUGAUUGUAUUUUCAUGUUUUCAGGAUGCUAAAUUACCUGAUGCUUAUGAAAGACUUAUUUUGGAUGUCUUUUCAGGAAGCCAGUCACAUUUUGUGAGAAGGUGAAGAAUUUUUUUAUACCAUUACACAGUAAAUUAAUGAAAUCAAUGGUUUCCGUCCGAAUUGUCAUAAUAUGAUAUUAUAUAACAACUAUAUGUACCUAAAUAUUUAUUCUUGCAGUGAUGAAUUAGCGGAGGCAUGGAGAAUUGUUACCCCGCUUCUGCACAAGAUUGAAACUGAGAAGAUAAAACCAAUACCUUACAAAUUUGGAACGUAAGUAUACAAUGCAUUGCGGUUUGAAGAUGGCGACCGUAUUGAUGAAAAGGUCCAUAUUCUUGUAACAUUCUUUGAUUUCUUAGACGAGGCCCCGAAGAAGCGGACAAACUUGUACAACGCGUUGGAUUCCAGUACACUGGUCGGUAUUCGUGGAAAGCUUCGAUAUAG